AUGCGGUCAUCGCUUCGCGCUAAGGCGAAUACGAAAACUAGCGUCCUUUUCCACAUCAACAUUGCGAAACACAAGCGUGACAACCCUCUGCAAUCCGCCAAACGCCAUGUCCGCAGUACACGGCCGCCCACCAUGACCCUCGCGCUCGACAAUCUCGUGAGACGAACUUGUAGCACUUACUGUCCUUACUCACCGCCCCCCAUGUCGUCGCGAACGGGGUCACCAACGUGUAACUCCCGGGACAAGCGCAUGAUGCAGCGCUCCUUCCGCAUUCAUGUCGACGUCGCGCCUACACUGCCCACCAAACUCCAAGAGCACGUCGACGCGGUCCUUCUGCGGAUAUAACUCGGCCCGCAGUCAUCCAAUACAAAGCGCGUCACCUAACGUCGCAGUACAAUUUUGGGCGAGUCACAUAGCAUACCCUAACUAUAAUAAGUAGCCUAGCCUUUUAUAAUAGGAGGG